AGGAAGGAGAUGGGGGGUUGAUGAGGAUGAUGAGUCAAAGUGUGAGUGGUGUGGGAGAUGUGGAUUGUGUACGUGUUUGCGAUGCUUGAGACGGUUUGAGUUUGUUUUGGAGCAUGGUGUUGAUGUUUAUCGUCCUGGUGGUGAGGGAGAGGAGGAGAGACGCAUUCGGCAUCAUUUAUGUGUUCCACCUGAAGAGGAUGAUGCUGCGAAAAGACAGGUUGAUGCAGCUUUCCAGGGUUUGCAUCGUGGGAGAGAUUAUCAGGAUUGUCCGAAUUGCCGACAGAGAGUUCAGUUGGCGGAUGGAUGCAACCAUAUUACGUGCACUUGCGGAAUACAGUUCUGCUAUCUCUGUGGAAUGUCAGCUAUGGAAGGUGGAUCUCAUUGGGAUCGACAGCGAGGUGGUUGUCCGAGAUAUGGUCGGCCUGGCGAUGAACAAGCCAUGUAUACCGAAGAGAUCGCUUUUGCUGGCCACGAGGAUGGAGACGAAGAAUCUUCCGAGUCUCCUGACGAAGAAAAUGAAGACUUUGCACAAUGGGCUGUGCCACGUAUGCUUGAUGUGCAGGAAAGGAGAGCUUUCCAACGAAGGCGCCAACAUGAGGAACUGCGAGAACAUGUUCGACAUCAUACGAGGGGACUUGAGCAGAACCGAGAUGGUGAGCGACGACGCAGAGGGGCGGUUGAUCAUGGUCAGCCGCUCCCGGUCCAACACCAUCAUGUACGUGAAGAUGAGUGGCCAGACAAUAUACCCCCUCGAGAUCAUUGGCAUGUCCGAAGAGCCCAUCGAGCUCCACAUACUGGCUUCAGGCCUCUGAAUCGUCAUGAUCGAGGAUGGAGGGGAUUGGAUCUGGCAGGAGCGCGACAGCAACAGGCAGAGAUGGACAUGCAUCAUCACCAACGUGAAAGUGACAGGGCGCCAGCUCGAAGACCUGGUCUGCGAGGAGGUUGCAGCUCUCAACCACACCAUACCGAGCGCCGGAUGAGACGCGAGAGAGAAGCUGCUGCGCCAGAGCCGAGUGCCAACGAGGAAUACGCAAUGGCCAUUGGAAUCGAGAGCAGCAGACGCGGUCAAGAACGCAAUGCUAUCGGCUUGCGAGACUCAAGGCGCCGCAGGAUUGCACUACGCGCCCGACGUCGGAGACGUGACAUUUUCGUCGCAUACGAUUCCGGAUACGACAGCUUGCCGCACUCCAGUAGCGAUGAUUCAGAAACAUCUCUUCGGAGCUACAGGCGACGCCAUGAUCGUGCCAGCUCAGAGAGGAGAGCAAAUCCCCAACGCAGACGGUCUAGUAGCAGCACGUUGCGACGGACAGAUCAGAGACAUCGCGAAGAGCCAGUGCCGGCGGUGGUGCCAGGCUCCGGCCGUACAGCAUCGCAUAGCAGUGAUUCUGGCAGUGAGAUCGGCGAGUAUGAGCACUCUACUUUUGCUCGGCAGUAUGGUCAGGGUAGGCGAGUAGGACAACAGCCAGAGCGCGGACCACAACACGUUAGCCUUGGACGUCGCAUUUGGCAAUUAUGCCGGGACGUCGGCGAGGCUAUCCUGAAAGACCAGGGCUUGCUGUUGCCAUAG